AUGGAUGACGGAGACAAUUAUAUCCGUGAUUUUCUUAGUGACUUUAUAAAGGAUAUAAAGAUCAACCAAUCCGACUAUCUGUCAUGUGGAAAUGGAUCGAACCUCACAUGUGAUGACAAGUGGAACACAGGUCGAGGUUCAGUUCACAGGUCAAUUGGGUCAGAUGUAUUUACAUAUGUCACACCGGUAAUACUUGCUGUAGGAAUAACCGGGAAUACAAUUUCCUUAUUAGUGUUUCUUACUAAGAACAUGAGGAAGUUAUCUGCAAGCGUAUAUCUCGCAGCACUAUCAACAGCUGAUCUCAUGGCUUUGAUAUUUUAUGUCCUUGUUGAGUGGAUAAAAAAAGGAAUACCAGUCGGUUCCGGACAAGUUACAGCUCCGUUUUUGGAAAGUAAUGGAGUAUGUCAGAUUAUUUUGUUUAUGUCGUAUUCUUUCCGUUUUCUUUCGGCUUGGCUUGUAGCAUGUUUCACAUUAGAAAGAUAUGUCGGGGUUUGUCAUCCAUUAAAACGGAAGGAUGUAUGUAACCUACGAUCUUCAAAAAGAAUCGUUUUCUUCGCAAUAGUUGUUUCCUUCGUGAUAGCCUCAUUCCGACCAUGGCUGAGCGAAGUGCUUUAUAUUGGGCCCAAUAAUGUUCCAUCGUGUACAAGACGAGUAGAACACACAUACCUGUCAUUCAUUUAUGACUGUAUUUUUGGUGUGUGUAUCACCUUUUUGCCAUUCCUGAUUAUAACGAUACUGAAUACACUGAUCAUUCGGAAGUUGAUCACUCGAAACAAAAGACACAGACGGGUGAAAAUAAUAACAGAGGAAAGCAUAAUUCGAUUAGAAUUUACCAUCAUUUUGAUAACUAUAUCAUUUUGCUUCAUCGCUUUUAAUACUCCAUAUGCCAUUAUAUGGUUUAAACAUUUUCUGCAAAUGAGCUCUAUACGGAUGGAGGAUAGUUUGUACGUUCCAACAAAUCAAAACUUGUUGAUUUUUACGAAGACUAUAUUUUUUAUGAAUUAUUGCAUUAACUUUUUCCUGUAUAGUAUAACAGGUGCUUACUUCCGGAAAGAACUCAAAAUGUUAUUUACAUAUAGAAGUAAAGUUUAUCAAAGUUAUCACAAAUGCUCCCUCCCUAACUCAACAGCAACAACACCACAAUCGUGGAUUGCUUGAAAUAUGAAAACAAAAACAAAAAACGGUUCAAUGUUCAUGAAGGUUUAAAAUUUACAGUUCAAUAUAGGUGUAAAGUUCACAGUUCAAUAAAGGUGUAAAACUAGCUGUAUCAAUGAAUAAUUUCAUAUGAGGAAUGCUUUAUUUUAUUUCAUUUCUCAUCUUGUGACAAAAGACGAUUCGAUAUUGAUAAUUACCUGACAUGUGCAAUGUUUAAAUAAAUAGACAUGUGAGUUAUAUUUCAAUGAAAUACCAAACAAUCAGCAAAAAUGACUUGAAGACAAUUAAAUUAAGAUCAGAUACAGGUUGUGCGAAACGUCAUAUGGCAUUCAUAUUUAAUUUAUUUCAGUAUUUGCAAGAUUUCAUAUUGUGUUUUGGCUUAAGUUCGUUUUCUACAACUAUUUAAACAUUGCCAGUUUUAGCGAGACUUCGAAGUACAAAAAACAGUUCGACCAAGUUUUCCCCUGAUUUGGUAAAGGGUUUCUGUUGUUGACUUGUUUUUUUCUUCAGUUGUAUUCAUGAACAAAGAUUAUUGAUGGACCCACUUUUUAGAAGAGAGACGAAAGA